ACACACACACACACACACACACACACACACAGUUCAGCAGGUUUUCCAUAAGGGUGUUGUCACAGGACUCUUCUUGCGAGAUCGGGCACGCUCAUCGGAUCCAGCUGUACUGCACCUCUCCCACCACCAUCCUGAGUCACACACCUGAACAGCUGAACAGCCACCAGACCACCUGAACAUCCGAACAGCCACCACACCACCUGAACAGCACCAUGGGAGAGUGCCACCAGGCCAAGUUUGACCCAAAGACCUACUUCAACUACUGCUACCAGUUUGCUGCUGUCCCGGGCCAGAAAGACAACAGCCGCUUCGUCUCCUUCGUCCUCUGUCAGCUCAGCAAGACCUUCUCAACAGGGAAGUACAGGGGCCAGAGGCUGAUAGAGGUGGGUACAGGGCCAACCAUCCACACGCUGAUCAGUGCCUGUGAGUACUAUGACGAGAUUGUGGUGUCGGACUACGUGGACAGCAACAGGAAGGAGAUUAAGAAGUGGCUGGAAGCCGAGGAGGGAUGUUUAGACUGGAACGCUCACCUCCAGUAUGUCUGUGAUCUGGAGAGGAAAAGAACCCCAGCGAUCAUCUCAGACACUCUCCGUCAGAGGGUUAAACAGGUUCUAAAGUGCGACAUCUGCCUGGAGAACCCGUUCCACCCUGUCACGGUUCCUCCGGCGGACUGUGUCCUCUCCUCGCUGUGCCUGGAAGCGGCGUGUAAGGACCGCGAGUCCUACCACCGCUCGCUGUCCUCCAUGGUGGACCUACUGAGGUCUGGAGGGGUCCUGGUCCUGAUUGGGGACCUGGAUGAGACCUUCUACACGGUGGGAGAGCAGAGGUUCGACUGUGUCAACCUGAGCGAGGAGUUCAUCACCGAGACGCUGUGGAACCUGGGACUGUCUGUGGAGGAAUUCACUCUGCAGCAGGCUGAGGACCGGGACAGCAACCACAAGUGUGACUACGCCGCCUCCUUCCAUCUCAUUGCCAUCAAACACUGAUCACGUUUAUGCAAGAAACUAUGUAACACUCUGUGGUUUUGGGUUAUUAUACAUUAUAUAUAUAUAAAAAGAGGGGUUGUGGGACACAAUGCAGAUAGUCCCCGUAGCCAUUUGAUUACCUGUUCAGGAGUCUUAUGGCUUGGGGGUAAUACAAGCAAGAGCAGUGUGUGUGUUUUCCUUUCUAAAUGUUAAUAAAAAAAUAACAUAUGGUGGAUAAAAUGUGUUUAUGGAU